AUGGCUGAUUGGUCUACCUUACCAGUGGAUCUCCUCAACAUGAUCGCCGGUCGCUUGUUCUCUAACAUUGAACUCAAACGUUUCCGUAGCAUCUGCCGUUCAUGGCGCUCCUCCGUUCCCGGCGCCGGCAAGAAAAACCCUUUCAGGACCCGUCCUCUAAUCCUCCUCAAUCCUAACCCAAACAAACCUCUCACCGACCAUCGCCGACGCGGCGAGUUUCUCUCACGCUCUGCCUUCUUCCGUGUAACUCUCUCCUCCUCUCCUAGCCAGGGCUGGCUUAUCAAAUCCGACGUGGACGUCAGCUCCGGGAAACUCCAUCUCCUCGACCCGCUCUCUCGCCUUCCGAUGGAGCAUUCGCGCAAGCGUGUCGAUCUUUCAGAGUUCACUAUCACCGAGAUUCGAGAAGCUUAUCAGGUUCAUGACUGGCGUACGAGAAAAGAAACAAGGCCUAUAUUCAAAAGAGUGGCUCUUGUUAAAGACAAGGAAGGAGAUAAUCAGGUUCUUGGAAUUCGCAGUACCGGGAAGAUGAUGUACUGGGACAUAAAAACAUGGAAAGCCAAAGAAGAGGGUUAUGAAUUCUCUGACAUUAUAGUUCACAAAGGGCAAACAUACGCCUUGGAUUCAAUUGGCAUUGUUUACUGGAUUCGUUCUGAUCUUAAAUUCAUUAGGUUUGGACCUCUAGUUGGUGACUGGACCGGAGAUAGGAGACUUGUGGAAUGUUGUGGAGAGUUUUACAUUGUGGAAAGACUUGUUGGAGAGAGUACUUGGAAGAGAAAAGCUGACGACACCGGGUAUGAGUAUGCGAAAACGGUCGGUUUCAAGGUUUAUAAGUUUGAUGAUGAACAAGGAAAAAUGAUGGAGGUUAAGUCCUUGGGAGAUAAGGCAUUUGUGAUAGCUACCGAUACUUGUUUCUCGGUUUUGGCUCAUGAGUUUUACGGAUGUCUUGAAAACGCUAUUUACUUCACCGACGAUACCAUGAUUAAGGUGUUCAAGCUAGAUAAUGGUAAUGGAAGUAGUAUCGAGACAACGAUAUAUCCUUAUGCUCAGAGUUGUUUCCAAAUGUUUGUUCCUAGCUUUCUCUGA